ACCAAUUGCAAACGACAAAGAACAAACAGGCAUUUUGAGACACACUCCGAUGGACAAAAACAAUACUCAAUAAACUCAACCAAAAAUAAGACAAAAACAAUACGGGCACAGUACGGACCACCAAAAUGGCCAAAGGCGGCGGUAAAAACAACGGCGGGGUCCAAAACAGGGCAAUCUACUCCCGCGUCUCCUUCCUCCAGCAAGCCGCCGUUUUUCUAUCUCAGCAGUCACAGUCACAACAAUCAGUCCAGCCUUCCACAUCCUCAACCUUGGUUCCCAAUGUCCCACCACCACCACCAACAGCCUUAGACGGCAUGUCCCGCCGUCUAGCCACCGACCUCCGCUCCGUGUCCCUCAAGACCAGAAUCCGUCUCAGUCCCGCCGUCAAGCGGACCAUCUGCAAGUACUGCGACUCGGUUCUCAUUGACGGGUCAACGUGCACAGCGUUCAUUGAGAACAGGAGUCGAGGGGGACGCAAGCCGUGGGCGGAUGUCCUGGUAAGGGGGUGUCAUGCGUGUAAGAAGGAGAGGAGGUAUCCCAUUGAGGCGAAGAGGACGAAGAGGAAGACGGAACGGGGAGUAGUUGAAGGAGAGAAUGUUGGGGAUGUCAUGGAAGUUGAUGCCCCUGCUGGUGGAAAGGGGAAGGGGCAGAAACAACAGGGCCAGAAACAGAAGCAGAAGCAGUCACAGGGCCAAGUGCAGGUGGAACUCCGGGAACAGAAAGGCUGAAGAUGACGCUUCGAGUUGAGAAGAGCUUCUACAGCUAUACUUGCGUCCAAACGUAACGGCGAGAAUACUAUUUAGUCAGCCACAUUGGGGACUGCCGACGGGCCGCGUACCCUCUCCAAGCAUGCCAAGAGCAGAAG